AUGGAUAACAUAGACAUGAAUGUCGCCCAAACUGAAAGCCAAAAGCAAAGUCAAAUUGAAAGCAAGACGAAAGACCAAGCUCAAACAAAAUGGAAGCCCAAACUCAAAGCCACCCAAACUGAGAACCAAACUCAGCUGAAAGCCACUCAACUGAAAGCCAAAAGCAAAACUGAAAGCCAAAAGCAAAGUCAAACUGAAAGCAAGACGAAAGUCCAAACUCAAAGCCACCCAAACUGA